GUACACAGCGCAAUGCUCUGGGAGUGUUCACAUAUUGCCUGGCCAAACCAGUGACCAUUGGAACUCAAUUUAGGAGGGAGGCUGGGAAUAUUCUCCUAUGAAGAUAGAUGAGGUAGAACAGUGAGGCUGAGGAGAUAAAAGGCAAACAAGGGCGAUAGAAUCCUCAGCCUUUCUUGUGUGGGGGCACAGAAUUAAACAGUUUCCUUUCUGUAGUUAAGAGAUAUGCAGAUCAUUGAUCCAUUUGAUUUUGAUGAGCAUUUUGACAAGUGCCUCAAUUAUCUACCACAUUACCGUACAAGUGCUGGUAAGUUACUUUGUCCUUCCUACCUAAGCCCCAAAUUUUAAACAUUAAUUUUCCACAUGGCCAGGGACAUUUUGUUUUUCUUUUCUCAGAGACUCUAAGAACUGCACUGGAAUUGGAUCCACACUCUGAACUUGACCAAAAGCUGCGGAAGCACAUAAUGAAAAACCUUUUGAAGAAGAUUGAUGAAGGCCAGCCUAUAGAGUAUGUAUCUGAAUUCCGUACGAUGACUCUGGUUUUGGUCAGCCUAGAGUUCCACAGGACAGCGUGGAUGUUGCAUUUGUGUCAUCUUAUCCAGGAGGCUGCCUUAUACAUCUCCACAGUCAUUGAGAAAGGGGGUGGCCAGCUGAGUCGCAUCUUUAUGUUUGAGAAAGGCUGCAUGUUCCUCUGUGUUUUCGGCCUUCCUGGUGAUAAGAAGCCAGACGAGUGUGCACAUGCCCUGGAGAGCUCCUUCAGCAUCUUCAGCUUCUGCUGGGAGAAUCUUGCUAAGACCAAAUUUGUUUCCAUCAGUAUCACUAAUGGACCAGUAUUCUGUGGCGUGGUUGGAGCAGUAGCAAGACACGAAUAUACAGUUAUUGGCCCAAAAGUGAGUCUUGCGGCCAGAAUGAUAACUGCUUAUCCAGGUUUGGUGUCCUGUGAUGAGGUAACAUAUCUAAGAUCCAUGCUACCUGCUUACAACUUCAAGAAACUCCCAGAGAAAAUGAUGAAAAACAUCUCCAACCCAGGGAAGAUAUAUGAAUAUCUUGGCCACAGAAGAUGUAUAAUGUUUGGAAAAAGACAUAUGGCAAGAAAGAGAAACAAAAAUCACCCUUUGUUAGGCAGUGAGGGAAACACCACUAAUUUUCCUCAUUGAUGAGGCCGAGUAUACGGAUGCAGCUUCCUGGGAUUUUUUGGAAACAUUGCUCUCCAGUAUGCCCAUCAUCAUGGUGAUGACGUUGACCCCUAUCUUCACC